CAAAGAGUGGGAUCCGGAUUUGACCGGUCGGGUUCCGGACCGGGUAUAAAAGAGGGGAGCCGCGCCGGAGUUUAUUUCAUUCGUUCGCAGUGAAGUAGGCUGAGAGGUCUGUGCUGUUCCCGUGUGUGAGACGUCAGUAAUAACUACAACAACAACAACCAUGCCCAAGCGAAAGGCUGAUGGAGACUCCAAGGCAGAGAAGAGCAAAGGAAGAGAAGAGCCACAGAGGAGAUCUGCCCGUUUGUCUGCUAAGCCUGCUCCUCCUAAACAAGAAAACAAACCCAAGAAAGCAGCUGCUCCAAAGAAGGCUGAUAAAGCUCCCAAAGGCAAGAAAGGGAAAGACUCUGGAAAAGAUGCCAGCAAUGCUGCAGAAAAUGGAGAGGCAAAGUCAGAUCAGACACAGAAAGCAGAUGCAUCUGACGCCAAGUGAAUGGUGUGAAUUUUUGAUAACUGUGUACUUCUGGUGACUGUACAGUUUGAAAUACUAUUUUUUAUCAAGUUUUAUAACAAUGCAGAACUUUGUUUUACUUUUUAUUUUAAGCUGUGUUGGCACAUGCUUUGUGGGAUUUUAUUUUUUUAAAAGGGGUGAGAAGUGGAGUUGGCUGUAUGACCUUCACUUGUUUUUAUUAGCCGCUUUAAGACUCACUCUACAUGUAUAUUCCCUCCAUGAAAUUAAUUUUAUUUCAACCCGUCCUCCAACCUGAAGAUAGGCAGCUAUAGAAGCCCUCACAGUGCCCAGUGUGUUUGAUCUAUAAAGAUGGCACAUUUUUCUUGACCAAAUGGCAGUGGGUCCUGUAUGAGGUAGUCACCAUCCCCAGUGUGAAACAUCUGACCGAUUACUAAUUUUUAUGGUGAAAUGAGUUUUGGGGGUUGGAAAGUGAAACUUUUUAUUGAUGUAUGUGUCCUGCCUGAUUUGCAAUGCCUGUUAAUGAAAUUUUAAAUAAAUUUCAGACUGUUUGCUCAAUAGAUAA